AAUAAAUCACGACGCAUUGAUUUAUUUGCGUUCAUUCGGACACUUUUGGUCGUCCAUAAAUACCGCCGCAAGAUGGCGGCCGUGCGGUGACGUUGACGCUUUAGCCGCCGUCGAAAAAGAACAAGCGGAAGUUGACGUCGUCUCAAGUGCGCAAAGACGAAGCGCGAGGAAGAAUUCUUCAAACGGCAUGAAAAUGUCCAAAAGGGAACUUUGGCCAUCAAGAGAGGAGAACGAGAGCCAACGGGAAACAUUUUGUCCCCCUCAAAUCAUCCAAGAAGUCCGGCGGCCCGGCGGAUGCCGGGAGGAAUCUACGGCGCCUCGCGUUAAGGAGGAAGUCGAGGAUCCUCUCCCACCCCGCAUUAAAGAGGAAGAGGAGGACGCCAAUGUCACAACCGUUGUCGUCGUGAAGGGCGAAUGCGACGAAGGAGAGCUUCCACCUCAGCAGCGUUGGGCGAGCUCCAGUUUGGAUCGGCGGCCCUCCCACAUGAAGGAGGAAGAGGACAAGGCCCAUGUCAGCAAGUUGCCCCUCGCCGGUGUCUCUGCAAAGAGCGAAGAGGACGACGACGACGAAAGCCUCUUAGCGCCGCUGUCGGACAGCGAGCACAUGGAAGAAACUUUGGGGGGCGACGUGGACUCUCAAGGCGCCGGCGGGCAGUGGGAAUGCUCUGCGAAGGAUGCGGCGCUCGGCGACGAGAAAACGUCACAGUUCGUCCGCUCCGUUUGCGCUAAAGGAGUAGCCAACCGAGCCAAAUUGGCCCGGCGCGUGAGAACACGCACGGGGGGGAAAAAGUUUCACUGCUCACACUGCGGUAAAGAAUUCUCCCAAAGGGGCUCGAUGGCGGAACACGUGAGAAUCCACACGGGAGAAAAGCCCUUCGGCUGCUCGCUUUGCAGCAAAUCCUUCUCCCAAAAAGGAAGCCUGCGGGCCCACAUGAGAAUGCACACGGGAGAGAAACCCUUCAAGUGCUCGCAUUGCGGGAAAGUAUUUGCCCAGAAGGGAACCAUGCUUGGCCACGUGAGGCGACACACGGGAGAAAAACCCUUCGGCUGCUCGUUUUGCGGUCAAACGUUCCGCCAAAAGGGAAGCCUGCUCUCACACGCGAGAAAACACACGGGAGAAAAACCCUUCGGCUGCUCAACCUGCGGCCGCACCUUCUCCCACAGGGCGGCGAUGGCGACGCACGCGCGCAGGCACACCGGAGAGAAACCCUUCCCUUGCUCGACCUGCGGCAAAGUCUUCUCCCAAAGGCAACACCUGGUGUCGCACGUGCGGACGCACACGGGCGAGAAACCCUACGGUUGCUCGACUUGCGGCAAACGCUUCUCUCAGAAGCCCCACCUGGCGACGCACGCGCGGACGCACACGGGCGAGAAGCUCUUCGGCUGCUCGGUUUGCGGCAAGUCGUUCUCCCAAAAAGGAGGCCUGCGCUCGCACAUGGGGAAGCACGCGGGAGGAGAGAAACCGCCGAGAUGCUCCCUCUGCGGGAAAGCCUUCUCGCAAAUGGCGCAGGUGGUCGCGCACAUGAGCGCGCACACGGGAAGGCCCCUGAGCUGCCCGCUGUGCGGCGAAAGCUACGCUCACAAGGGCAGUUUGACGGAGCACAUGCGCAAGCACAACGCCAGUGGCCAAUAGGGAGGAUUUUUCUUGCGCCUUGCCUCAAAACCGACGUUGCGGCUGGACCCUUCUUUGCAGCUCCUCGCUCAUCCUCCGGGGAACGACGUGGCGGCCGUCGCUUAUCCUCCGUCCGUCAUUUCGAGCAAAGGUUUGAUAUUCCCCAAAUGGAAAACCCCAUUUUUGGUCUCUUGUUGAAGGAAGCGCAACGGCAUCAUGUAUUUUACGCCUUAGAUGCUCCGAGUAUGUUAACGCAGGUGAACAGCAAGCCAAACUCAUUCGUGAGCCAGGAAAGUGAGCGUCUUG